UCUCGCAAAUUCGAAAUCGCAGGUUAGGUUUUCGACCGAUUUUCUCAUCGUCGUCGAUUUCGAAUUCCACCGAAUCGAGAUCACCAUCACCAUGAGGUUCGUGUCGGCGUACCUGAUGGCCUACAUCGGCGGCAACGAGAGCCCGAGCAAGGACGACGUGCGCGCCAUCCUCGGCUCCGUCGGCGCCGACGUCGACGAGGCCAAGCUCGACCUCCUCUUCGAGGAGAUCGCCGGCAAGGACAUCCCCGAGCUCAUCGCAGCCGGGAGGGAGAGGCUCGCGCUCGCGGCGCCCUGCGGAGGCGUCGCCGCUGCUGCGGCGGGUGGUCAGGCCGUCGCUGCUGGCGGCGCCGCCGCCGCCGCGGAGGAGGAGGCUGAGGAGGAGGAGAAGAAGAAGGAGGAGGAGGACGACGACGGCUUGUUUAACCUCUUCGACUAAGCCUGCGUUCUUCGUCUUAGAUUAUUAUUGCUACGUGGUUU